AUGGCGGCAACGCCUGAUACCGCCCUUCUUCGUAUUGGAGACCUCAAAGUUGAUGUCGUGGAGGUGAAGGGCUUCGAGUACCGCACGUUCACGGAUGGUUGCGUGAGCUCUGCCAGCAGCGGCCAAGUAUCCACCAGCGGUGCGUCGGGAUCGAGCCUGCAAUCCUCCUCGCCGCUCGGGCUCUUUUGCUCCGUGCUCUUCGAAGGCGAAGAGCAGCGGACGCCGGCCACGCUCGACUCCACAUGGAACUGCCCGCUUGAAUUUGGAGUGGACGGUACGGAGCAAGACGAGGGCCUCGUCGUGGUCGUGAAGGAGCGAAAGGAGACGGGCAAGAAGGGCGUCUUGCGAGAGGACGAACUCGGUCGGGUGGUCGUGCCCCUGGCCGACCUCGAGCUCAUGCAAGCGCGCGACCAUUGGUAUCCGCUGGUGACCAAAACAAAGGGAACCACCGCUGCGAUCCGGCUCGUGAUCACCUACACCUUCUCUCGCGUGGACGAUCUGAUCAAUAUUUUCUCCGAGCCGGUGCGGGAGAGCGCCAAGCCGCAGAAGCUGAGCCUCAGCAUGCUCCAGUACAAUAUUAUGCGCGUGAUCAUCGCCCUGUUCCCGCUGUUCCGGAUCAUCAAGCAGCUCAUCGAUCUGUUCAAAUGGGAGCGCCCCGCGGCGUCCAUGCUGGCCCUCCUCUUGUUCGUGUUCUGUUGCCUGUUCGACUUCGUUGCGUCGCUCACGUUCGCGCUGGGCUCGGCGCAUUUCAUCCACCAAUAUGUGCAGCACUACCGCCAGCGACGGUUGGAGCAGGACGUGGAGGCGGACGACGAGCUCUCGAAGGACGCGUGGAAGGACUGGAAGGCCGAAAAGCAGAAAAAGGCGACCAAGGAGAAGGGCAAGGAGAAGGAGAGGAACAAGGUCAAGGAGAAGAAGGCCGGCAUCUUCACCAAGAUGCGGAGGGUGCAACUCAUCUCGGGCAAGAUCGCCGAUAGGAUCGAACCCAUUCGAGCUCUGUGGGAUUGGAAGGACCCGAAGAAGUCCAAGGCGGUCAUGUACAUUCUCAUCUUCGCCACCAUUCUGUUCCUCUUCGUCUCCUUUUGGCUGUGCUUCCGCUAUGCGCUCCUCUGCCUCGGCGUCUAUAUGUUCACGCUCAACCCGCUCUACAACAAAUUCCCGCGCUUCAAGCGACGUUACCAUGUCUCGAUCCUUAUCAAGAGGCUCAAGAACCAGAUCAUACCGCACACCGUGGCCUUUAUCUUGGUCAAGCUUCGCCUCCGCAAUGCCCUGUCCGCCAAGAACAAGCACUUGAGGUUGGCCGAGCUGAGCAAGGGUUGCGUGCAAGCGGGCUACCUGGUUAAACUGUCGUCGGUGGGCAACAUCUGGAAGCGGCGCUACUUCGUCCUCAAGGACACCCAGUUGCUCUACUUCAACUCUUCUUCCCCGCAAGAGAAACUGGUGGCGUGGAUCGACCUGCGUCCGUGCGGCAUCAUCAACCUGGAGAACAACCUGAUGAAGAACCGGCCCUACUCGUUCGACCUGUUCGACACGGCGAUCCCGCGGCAUUACCUGCUCGCCGCCAACGACGAGAAAGAGAAGGAGGAGUGGGUGGCCAGCUUCAGCAUGGUCCUCAACCACCAGCCCCUGCUCGAGGGCGCCUCCACGCUCGUGACCCAGCCCAGCGGCGCCUCGUCGACCACAACCGCCGCGCCGCCGUCCGACGUCCCCAAGAACCUCGACUUCCUGCUCGCCGGCGCAUCGGCCUCAGCCUCAUCAACUGCCGCGGCCAAG